AUGCUAAAGUUUAUACGAGGGAAGGGCCAGCAGCCCUCUGCAGAGAGACAGAAGCUGCAAAAUGAACUAUUCGCCUUCCGUAAGACAGUCCAACAUGGAUUCCCUCACAGAGCGUCUGCACUAGCCUGGGACCCGUUACUCCGCCUGGCAGCCCUGGGUACAGCGACGGGAGCAUUGAAAGUAUACGGAAGACCUGGAGUUGAGCUCUACGGACAGCACACCAAUCCAGAAGUUGUUGUCACCCAAAUACAUUUCAUACCAGGAACGGGUCGGCUCAUAUCACUCUGCGAUGACAACAGUCUUCAUUUGUGGGAGAUAAACGAGAAAUCUUUAGUGGAACUCAAAUCACAUUCCUUCGAAGGAAAAAAUAAGAAAAUAUCAUCAAUAUGCGUCGAAUCUUCUGGAAACAACCUCCUACUCGGUACAGAAGGCGGCAAUAUAUACUCCUUGGACUGCAACGCUUUCACAAUACACGAAGACGUUAUUUAUCAGGACACUGUUAUGCAGAACUGUCCAGAAGACUUUAAGGUGAAUCCAGGUGCAGUGGAAUCUAUAUGUGAACACCCCAAGACUCCAAGUCGAAUACUAAUAGGAUACAAUCGAGGUCUUGUAGUGUUAUGGGACAGAGCGACCUCAGCGCCCUCACACACCUUCGUUAGCAACCAACAGCUGGAGAGCUUGUGCUGGAAUGAUGAUGGAGAACACUUCACGUCAUCUCACAACGACGGGUCGUAUGUGACGUGGGAGGUGGCGGGUGCGGCCAGUGACCGCCCGCUUAAGGAGCCCGUCACUCCAUACGGACCUUACCCGUGUAAAGCCAUCUCCAAGAUACUUAACAGAACCAGCGUGAGCGGAGACGAGCUUAUUAUAUUUGCAGGUGGUAUGCCAAGAGCUUCAUAUUCGGACAAAUACACAGUGACUGUUCAGCAAGGAGAAAAACACGUCGCUUUCGACUUUACCAGCCGUGUGAUCGACUUCUUUACAACUACCCCCGUGCCUCCAGACGGCGUCCCUCUACAAGAGGAGCGCCCUACACUACCCGCUGUCAUACAAGUACAGACUGUCAAUCAAGUUGCCGCUACCCUGGUGGUGUUAGCUGAAGAAGAACUAGUUGUUAUAGACCUGUGUGAUGAGAGAUGGCGUCCACUGAGGUUGCCCUACCUGGUUUCGGUACACGCGUCAGCCAUCACCACCGCGCACCUCGUAGACAACGUCGCUGAUAAUGUUUACGAUAACAUCGUGCAAGCUGGCCAGCAACAAACAGAAAACAUUUACUCCGAGAGCCAGUGGCCUAUAUCCGGUGGGAUAGUAGAAACAGUCGAACAGACAGACAAACAGAUCCUUCUCACAGGCCACGAAGACGGCUCGGUCCGCUUCUGGGACGUGACCGGCGUCGUUAUGACGCCUCUAUAUAAAUACACAACCGCCCCACUCUUCAGCGGGCUGAAAAGGUCGACUGCGAGCGGCGAAGAAAUAGGUGAAAAUAAUGAUAGUCAAAACGACGAGGAAGAGUGGCCGCCGUUCAGAAGAGUCGGGACGUUUGAUCCGUAUAGUGACGACCCGCGACUGGCUGUGAAAAGAGUCCUGCUUUGUCCAUUGUCUGGUAUGCUAACAAUCGGGGGUGCUGCGGGGCAUAUCGUUAUAGCGAGUUUAAAAUCCACACCUAGCACGGCGGAAGUCAAAUCUGUAUCCGUGAACAUCGUGUCUGAUAGAGACGGUUUUGUAUGGAAGGGUCACGAUCAAUUAAACCUUCGUUCCGGACCGCUCACCUUCCCCGCCGGCUAUCAAGCUAGCGCAAUAUGCCAGUUGUCUCCUCCAGCCGCGGUGACCGCUCUGUCCGCGCAGUGGGAGUGGGGCGUGGUGGUAGCGGGCACGGCGCACGGACUAGCGCUCAUCGACGCGCUCAAACCCGCGCCUCUCACACACAAGUGCACUCUGAACGCACACGGCUCCUCCGGGGCGGGUGAUACUCCUAUUUCUAGAAGAAAAUCAUUCAAGAAAUCACUAAGAGAAUCCUUCCGAAGACUCAGGAAGGGAAGAUCCCAGCGACGACAGACGACUACUUCAGCCAGUCCCACAUCACCCACACAGCCAGCUUCAAAAAAGAUAACGGAGAAAAUAAAUGAAGCGGACGCUGAUGUGAAGCCCAUCGAGAGAGCAGUUGAAGCGAGGUCCACUGACGACGCGUUCGGGACUAUGGUGAGGUGUCUGUACUUCGCUAGGACCUUCCUUGUGAGCACUCAAAACUCAACGCCGACCUUAUGGGCCGGCACUAACAACGGCACUGUUUACGCGUUCACGAUACACGUACCUAAUACAAACAAGAGGAAAGAAGAACCUGUCACAUGUCAACUAGCGAAGGAGAUACAGUUGAAGCAUAGAGCGCCUGUGAUAGGGAUAACAGUGUUGGAUGGAGCGUCCGUACCGCUACCAGACCCCUUGGAGGUGGAGCGUGGCGUGGCUCCUCUGCCAGAGGCCGGGCCUCAGAAGGUCCUCAUCACAUCCGAGGAGCAGUUCAAAGUGUUCACACUGCCGUCACUAAAGCCGCACAAUAAAUACAAGCUGACAGCGCACGAGGGCGCCAGGGUGCGUCGUACAGCCUUCGCGUGGUUCGAGUGCGGCGGCGGGUCGGAGCGUCACCGCGAGUGGUGCCUGCUGUGUCUCACCAACCUGGGGGACUGUCUCGUACUGUCUCCCGACUUGAGGAGGCAACUCAACGCGGCCGCCGUGCGCAAGGAGGACAUUAAUGGUAUUUCCAGUCUUUGCUUCUCUAAGCGAGGCGAGGCUCUCUACUUACACUCUUCGUCCGAGUUACAGAGGAUAACGCUCUCCGCCACUAAGGUGACCAUAGCUCAAUGCCACGUGUUACUGUCCCCAUGGGCAGCCGCUCUACGCGGGCCGGCCGAGGAGGCGCCACUCACUAACGGUGAACACAAAGAAGAGCCGUCCGAAGCGCCCCACGACGUGACAGCCGCCUCCGCAGACAUCACUGUAGACUCUGUUAGAGAUCACACAACACAGGACAACGCGGCGGGCGACUUGAAUAUUAACUUACAGAAUUCACAAGUGAACACAACAUCUAUGGUGGUAAAGACGACCACGCGGACCACUGUCAAUGAAAAUAAUGCGGAUGGACCCGUAGUCACCACUACUACCACGACCACAAACUCCACGAGCGAGAACAUCCUAGAGCACAGUCGCGAGGAAGGAGUCAUCACACGUAUCGAGACGGGCACCGUGACGGUCCCAGCCGGCACCGACCCCAAGCUGAUCCUGGAGAUGUUUGACCGACAGCGGUCCCCGCUCGCCGUGCCCACACCCGCCGACACAUAG